CGGCUGCACGCGGCCGCUCUCGCAAGGAAUGUCGCAGGAAACGAACUACUUCACGAGAGAUGGGAGCACUCUUUGCGCACGCGUUGUGGCCUCUUGGGCACAGGGAGGCGAGGAACCCGCAUUUUUGCUGACGGACCUGGGCAGGAAGGAAGCCUGAUCCGGCACAAGCGAAAUCAGAUCCACGCGGGCGGAAAGCGGCCUGUCGCAAUUCCAAUCAGAACCAUGCCGAGCUCAUACGUGCCACGGCCGCACCUCCAGCCGUCUACUCCGAACCCCAAGACGGGAAAAGUGGUCCUCGGGGGUGCACUCCGCGCCGGCAGCGUGGAGACCCCGCGCCCCCUUGGGGGGGAGUCGACGUCAGGCUCUGCCGCACGAGCCCGAGCCCUGCACGGAGAGCAGCAGGAAAUCUAUUACACCGUUGCGCUUCGUUCUUGGCCACAAAUCAAGGGGCCCCAGGACGACUGUCGGGGCCAUCUUGGGGUCGAUGGGAGCCUCUGGGCGCCUCCUCCCCGCCCGAACACAUCAGGCACGCUCCGCCGUGAAAUCGCCAACGACAUCGCAGCCCCUCACCCCAAGGCCAACGCUCUUCGGCGGCGAGCGAGCCCGCCGCCGAGCUUCGGGUCGGAGUCUGCUCGCUCGCGGGCACCUGCACGGCCCACGGAGAGCAGCACCUCGGGGCGUCGCGCCGCCCGGGAAGCACAGGGCGGGGCCCACGAGCGCCCGCCGCGAUUCCGAGCCACAGAGGCCCAGGCCCGGCGAGGGAGAGGAGGGGGGGCAGGCAGCACGGGGAGGGGCUCACGAGGGGGCAGAGCGGCCUCCCAAGGAGCAGGGAGGGAGCGAGGGACGGGGGGGGAGGGGGGAGCACGGGGAGGGAGGAGGUGGAGCCGACUCACGCCAGGAAGACGCCGCCUGAGGGCGACCUGAUGCUGCCAUCCGGCCUGUGACAGGCUGCUUCGACAUCUGGCGCCAGCUGGGCGGCGCUGCAGUCACGAGUAUGAGCCACUGCUUUGCGCUGCGCCGGCAGGUGCGCCAAGCGUGACGCAGACUCGACCACCUUCGAUGCGUUCAAAAGGUAGCGCUCGAAACGCGCUAGUCCGCACGCACGAGGAGCGUCGUGAAUAUGAUUCUGGACAUGUUGAAACUGUUGAAACUAUCCCUAAAGGCGAUAGCUCGCACUCACCAGGAGCGUCUUGAAUAUUAUUCUGGACAUGUUGAAACUAGUCCUACACGCGCUAGUCGCACUCACAAGGAGCGUCGUGAAUAUUUUUCUGGACAUGGCAAACCUAUCCUCCCGCUCGUCGGUGCGGGCCACUGGCUAUUUGGGUACAGUCGGACCUGGGCCAGAAGAACAUCCAAGGGUAACCUCCCCGGCGUGCACAAGAACAUCCAGCAAGAACGAAGAACAUCAAGGCACCCUCCCCGAACUGACCCCGAUCCUGCAACCUCGGUCCGACUGCAUGCCCGAGCACCAGGAGACACGCAGCCUGCGCAGGCCGCGAGGCCGGGUGCGCGUGCGGAGGUCCGGCCGACACGGCCACGGACGGGCCGGGCGAGGGAGGUGCGCCCGGCCACGCGGGGCGGCUGCCACACGGGGUGAGGUCUUCGCGGGGUGGGUCGCACCCGGCUCGCGUCUCUCAUCGUUGUCCUUUCCCCGAAACGCAAUAAUUGAAACAGAGUCCCGCGCAGCACGCCGAGGCCGACGCGAAACUAAAGUUGAAGCCAGCGAAAAGGCCUCCAACAUCGGAAGGAGGCCUGUGGAGACAACGGCAACUUUCCUGGCAUUGUCCAUCCGCCUGGGCCUCAUGGAAGCUCCUCGUCGCCACGGCCAGACCCACACUGAAAAACAAGUUGGAAUAGACCCCCGGCACGCGUCCAAGGACCGAUCUUGAGCGCAUCCGGACCGGGCGAGCGAGCCGUCGUUGUCUCGACUGGCCCUGCUCCGACGGAGGCCUGAUCCUGGGUCCCACGUUGGCCCCCAGUUGUUCGCCGCGAGCGACGGAAGGCGCAGCUGAAAACACUCACUUUCCGCGAGCACAGCAGAGGACAGCGCCAAGCCAACCGAGACGGUGGCUGGUGGGUGGCACGUCUUUGCGUCCUAGCUCAGGAUGGUGCAACACCAAUCGAUCUGCGACUUCAGCGAAAGAUGGUCGGGACGAAGGUAUGGCCUGCCAGCCGUCCUUCAUCAAGACCCGAAGUACGCCUGGAGUGGUAGCAUCUAUUGCGUCCUCCGAAGGACGACCACCCUCAACGGCAAACACCACAAACUCUGACAUUGACAUGAAAUCCUUAUUGAAGCAGAAGCUCCCGGCAAUCAUCUCGUAAAGCAACAUGGCAAAUGAAUACACAUCGACCUUCUCAUCAUAAUGAUCCCCAUCAAUGUCAAAUAUUUCUGGCGCCAUGAAAUACCAAGACCCUACCUGCCGUGUCAACUGGGUUUGAUGAUCUUCCUGCGGAAGGUACCUGGCAAGCCCAAAAUCGCACACUUUGGCGUGCACCACAUCAGUAACGGAGACGAUCGGGUGCACCAGAAGAACAUUCUGCGUCUUCAAAUCUCUAUGCACUAUGUUCUGCUCGUGCAAGAAAGCCAUGCCGUUUGCAGUAUCGAGGGCGGCCUUCAGACGCUGAUCCCAGCUGAAUCUACCGAGCGUAAGUCUUGGACCCCCUUUCGAAAUGUCAUACAAUGAGCCACCUGGACAGUACUCGACCACAAUGGCGUAUGGCAGCGCACCAAUGGAAGACUCAAUGACUCGAAGAAGGUUCGGGUGUUGCUGAACGUGGCUGAUCUUGGCUUCCCGUUCAAUCAGCUUGGGCGCCACCAGCGCACCAUCGUCAGCCACCCUCGGACGGCUGUGCUCGACAUUGAUAACCUUCACAGCCACGGUGAGGUCUGCAUUAUCAUUGUCGCGCGCUCUCCAAGUCCCUUUGUAGACCUUGGCAAAUCUGCCGGAGCCAACGAGCUGCAAGGAAUUAAUGGGCAGGCCCUUCUGGAUGAGGAGCUCCUCUGCGUCCCCGUCCUUGCUAGACUUCAGAAGCUUCUGCUUGCUCAUUUUCGCAGACUCUCCUCGCCCGACGAAACCCAUCUGCUUCCUCUCGUUCUUCAAGCGUUUCUUCUCCAACUUCCGCUCCUCCCACCUCUUCUUGCGGUCAUCGUAAUCAUCCCGGUCAUUGCUACCACCGCCAGUCUUGGAACCGUCGCUAGCCUGGCGGUCGGGGCCGUCGUCAGUGCUGGUGAAGGAGUCCACAGUGCUGGACGAGCGCCAAAUCGAGAGUGAUUCCGUCAUAGACGGCGCGAAGGUGACUGCAGCCAUGAUGCAGACCGAACUGAAUUAUUGAACUAUGGGCGCAAAUCUCGCCUGUCUGGUAAUGAAUUCGCUGGCAUUGUUUUACGCUUCUUUUCUUGAGCCAAA